AAUAAAUAUGCAAGCUCCAACAGGUGGUAUUGCUCAAAACACGGAUGGCUCGAACUCCAGAAUCACAUACCCUUAACUUUGCUUCCAAUUCCAAUCAGGUUGAAGAUGCAAGCCAAACCCAGAUCUCAAACCAGUAUGCUGCUAAAGGUGGUAGCCAAACCGAGAUCACGCAAGAGUUUGCAGGUGACUAUAUUAGCCAAACUGAGAUCUCAAUCCAGACGGCGGCUGAAGAAGUUACUGGGACUGACAUCAGACACAUGGAUGCAAGUUUUUACAAGGCUGCCGCAGAAGGCAAUAUGAACAUACUAAGGAAUAUGUCCUUAGGUUAUAUGCUGGAUAAAUUAACCCCAAAAAGGAACACGAUCCUCCACAUUGCAGUCCAAUUUGGUCAACUCCACUGUGUUAAUUGGAUCCUUCAGUUUCGUUCAUUGUCAUCUCUACUGCUGCAGCCUAAUCUGAAAGGGGACACUCCUCUUCACCUUGCAGCAAGGGAAGGCCACUGGGUGGUCACACAAGUUCUUAUUAAAGCUGCAAAAGAACUUCCCAGUGGAAGAGGGAUUGGAGGAGAUAAGAUGAUGCUAAGGAUGACAAAUAAUGAGAAUGAUACAGCCUUGCACGAGGCAGUGCGAUAUAAUCACCCAGCUGUGGUGAAGUUAUUGAUCCUGGAAGAUCCAUAUUUCAUCUAUGGUGCUAACUCUUCUGGUGGAACCCCUCUUUAUAUGGCUGCCGAGAGAGGAUUCCAUGAGUUGGUGCAAAUAAUCAUAGACAACACUCGCAAUUUACCAGCUCAUAGUGGCCUCACGGGUAGGACAGCUCUGCAUGCUGCCGUAAUUUGCAAUGAUGAAGAUAUGACGAAGAAAAUACUGGGUUGGAAGAAUGGUCUAACCAAAGAAGUUGAUGAUAAUGGAUGGUCUCCACUACAUUGUGCUGCAUAUUUGGGUUAUACUUCAAUAGCAAGGCAAUUACUAGAGAAAUCUGACAAGUGCGUGGUUUAUCUUCGUGUAAAAAAUGAUCACAAGAAGACAGCUCUGCACAUUGCAGCUAGCUGUGGCCAUACGGAAAUAGUGAAGCUGCUAGUAUCACAGUAUCCAGAUUGUUGCGAGCAAGUAGAUGAUAAUGGCAAUAAUGCUCUUCACUUAAUCAUGAUAAAAAUGGGAAUUUCUGGUGAUUCUGGAUUGUUAAAUUUUCCCUGGAUGAGUUUCAGAGGACUUAUGAAUGAAAAGAAUGAUGAAGGGAAAACGCCUCUCCAUCUGCUUGCAGAUCACCAGAUGUUUCAUUGUGGACAUUUCAUCAUGCACAAAAUGGUGGAUAAGAUGGUACUUGACAAUGAAAACUCAACUCCUAUGGACAUAAUGUUGUCGGCUGAGGACAAGCAUGGAGAAAAGGUUCCAAUUCUAAAAAGACUGAGAAGUGCCAAAGCUAGAAGGGGGCCAUUGGGUUGGCAGAAAGUCAUCGAGGAAGACAUUGAGGGCCGUAGAAGAAAAGAAGCGGAAAAAGUAUCAAAAAUGAAAAAAGCAGCUAAAAUUCAUAUGUUGGUGGCCAUUUUCGUUGCAACUUUAAUCUAUGCAACAGGCUUCCAGUUGCCUGAUGUUUAUGAUGAGAUGAAAGGCAAGGACGAAAGAUUAAUAAUCCUAGCCCCGCCGCCUAAUGGGUACGAGGACAGUAUGGGCUGGGAUAAACAAAGGCAAGGAGCUUUCGACGCGUUUUACAGAACAGACGUAGUGGCUUUUCUUUGCUCCAUCAUAGCCGUUUUAUUAUACUUCUUAAUGUCGUUAUGGCCAUCUAACAACGUGAAUAUCGUCCGCGGAAUCGUAUUUGUUGGAUUUAUACUCACCUACUUUGGCUUGCUUGCAAUGUAUUCCACAUUCUUCUGGGGCCUGUUUUCUGGCUUUGCACGUAACACAUUUAAAUAGCAAUGAUAUUUACAUUCUUGUCAGGC